CUUGCCACUCAUCUCGGUAUUUUCUCUUUGUGAACUUCUAUCAAUAUUUAACGCAGCAGUGUCGGUUUUGCCGUAAGAUGAGAGGAGCUACGAGAAGCCUGAAUUAUACAUGGUGUGACGGGGAGGCUGGGGAGCUUUCUGCGAGCCGAGCGCGGCGCCGCGGCCAUGGAGGAGCCCCAGCAGAACCCCGGGCAGCGGCCCCGCAAGGUGCGGUUCCGAAUCUCGUCGGCGUGCAGCGGCCGCGUGCUGAAGCAGGUCUACGAGGACGGGCAGGCGUUGGAGCCGCCGGCCGUGGAGCAAUCCCGGCGGCUGCGGCACAGCUUUGAGCCCGGGGUGCUGCCCGACGGCCCCGCGCCGGGACUGCCGCAGAGCAGCGGCUGCGGGGAGGAUGGGAGCGGCCCCGGCUGCCCCCCCGCUGGCAGCGGGCUCUACGGGGCUUCUCCAGUUAUCGACUUUGGUCAGAUCAUCAUCUACACCAACAACCUGAAAAUCAUCCGUGCGCCGAUGGACCAGAGAGAGCUCAUGAGAAGGAUCAUCCAGACAGAGGGGGUGAGCGACUGGGCCUUUGUGUACAGGGAAAGGAGAGAAAGAAUUGGUGCUGGACAUAAAAAGGAUGUGGAAAAGAAGGCUGUCCGCAACCAGUACAUGCAGGAAAGAGGUGCUGAGCGCACUUGCUCCCAGUGUAAAGGAUCAGGCUCUGCUCCUUGCUCGCUGUGCCACGGCAGCAAGUUUUCAAUGCUGGCAAACAGAUUCAAGGAGUCCUACAGGGCUCUGCGCUGCCCAGCCUGCAAUGAGAGCGGCGUGCAGCCCUGCCAGGUCUGCGCUGCGUGACGGAGCUGCGCUGCGCCCAGGUCUGCUGGGAGCUUUGCAUUAUUUCACUUCAAGCAGCUCUGCUCUAAUGGGAACUUUGAAAGACGGGAGAAGUACGUUACGUGAGUUUGCCAUAAAUACGAACACAGCGCCUCUGCUCCACGCUGUGCCUCUUGUCUGCUGCACACAUUUGCUCAAUCAGGGCCCUGUCCUGCAAACGCACUGCGUGCAGCCCUGUGGGGUGAGCACAGCCACGUGAUGUGAUCUGCACGUGGGGGCUGAGACACUGCAGGACUGCACCUGGCACCGGGAGCUCAGCGUGGGCAGAGCCUGCAGCACUGCUAUGGCAGCAGAAGGCAGCAGCAGUGGGCACAGCUGGGUGUGGGUCUGCACGACAGCAGCACAGAGCGGUGCCUCCUCUGGGCUUUAAUUUGCUGAACACGUUAACAUCACACCAUCUU